CUCUUUGCAAUUCACGACUGUAGGACUGAGGACGCCGUCGGACUAGCCGGCGUCAGUAAAUCCUUAUUAUUGUUUUGAACACCUCAGCACUCACACCAGCGGAGAAAUCACUUCCUGAUCUGCAUCUCGGAAAGAAAAUAUAUAUUUUUACACCUGCAUUCGAAUGACCUCUCUACACCUCAAGAAUUGAGAAUAAUUUAGUCUACGUCCCUUCUUCACGAGAAUGUAACCGUAAGUUUGUCCAUUUUCACAAACUUCGUUCGCUUCAUUCCCUUACACUGAGCCCAUGAAGAAGCUACUUAGAACAGGACGACAAUUCCUGCCACGAAAACAGUCCAUGAUCAAUAAUACUGCUCGCGACGUAGAUAUCGGCGUCCUAUUCUCAGAAUCAAAAUGGCGCCGGUAGCCCAAAGAUUUUUUUUGCACCCUCAUGGACACCAUAGAUUUCGUAAUGGCGUUGUAAUACUUAACGCGAGUACAAAGGUAACUCUUUUCUUUCGCUUUGGAGUCAUAGGGCUCAGAAGAACAACGAAAAAAAAUGGGAAUGGAAAUUCGUUUAUUCUCAAGUGCUUCAAAAAUGAAAAUAUUCUCAAGAAUCGAUCGGCGUCAGAAAUAGAACAUCAAACAAACAAAACAAAAAAAUUAGAAGGCAAUUGAGGUUAUUUGAAAUAACGUCAAGUGAGCCUCAAUCAACCACAAGAUAAACCCACCCUCAUAUGACGAACGAAGGGUUGGACUCGUGACGUUAUCAACGUCAUUUUAUUACUGGAUGAGCCUCAGUCAGCAUUAAUACCCAGGAUCAACCGUAUUGCCCUUCCUUCCCAGAUCGUCCUAUUCGAAAAGUGACAUUGGGAAUGAAUUCGUGAAACUAAAAAUAAAACGUAUCAGCCAGUCAAUCGACCCUAGUCAUUGUCUUUCGCGUGGUGCAGAGUGAUUGAAGAUAUCGUAUCAAGAUAGGAAUCGAUAGAGGAAUCUUCGAUAAACUCACAUUCGUCGACUUAUGUCUCAAGUGUGUAUCGCAUUUAGUUUGUGGUCAAGUGUUUCGCGGCGGGCAUUAGUGCAAUUGAGGCCUUGAUCAUGAGCAAAAAACCUCCUGAAGCUCUGUCUAAGCCUUGAAAAAUCUCAAACAGUGGAUUAAAUUGUUCGAUAAUAGAGGCCUCACAAAUACGCAAUCGUUCGUUAGAGAUGCAGUGUUUUGACAAAGAUUUUUGGGAGUUAAAAAGUGAGUGUUCAGUGAGUUGCAAAAAUAUGAGGAACGCCAUUAGGGAAAUUUCGUAGACAGACGAUAAUAGAUAACAAAGUGGAUCGAAUGGCCCCACGAUGGAUCCGAAUAUUGACAUUGAAAUGGGUAUUUUUGGUGGCAUUUUCACCAGUUGUGAAGACGAGCUGUCGAGACACCGUGUUACCCCGGGAUUGCGAGGCUCUUUGUAUCAAGAAUCAAACGACAAUCCAGUGCGAACUUCGAGCAGCUGUGCUUCUUCCCAGAGACAACAGAUUCGAAAUUUCGUUGGCAAAAGUCAUGCCUGUAUUGGAUUUGGCGGUGAGUAAUGCCAGAAAACAGAGACUGCUACCAGACUGGCUCCAGCUGACGUUCAUCCCCAGUGAUGACCGGUGCGAUGCCACUUAUGCACAAAUCGCUGCUAUUGACAGUUAUGCCAACUGUGUUCAUCUAUUUUUGGGCCCUGCCUGCGACUAUUGUGUAGCAAAUGUCGGCAGAGUGGUGAAAUUUUUAAACGCUCCAUUGCUGACAACCGGUGGUUUCACCUUUGACUUCACAAAUAAAAAAACCGAAUGCUCAGACGAGUACUACAUGACCACAAGAAUCGGUGGCGUUGGCUUUCGAGACAUCAGUCUGGCUUUCCUGGCUGUUAUGGAUCGAUACAACUGGAAGAAACUCCUCUUGAUUUACGAUCCCAUGGGCCAGAUGGGUGUCGCUGGAGAACAUACGUGUCAGCUCAUGAUGAAGUCUAUGGUGGCGUUUAUCAAGAAGAGAGAGGACAUUACUUGUGGAAAUUUUGAUAUAGAAACUUACGAUAGACAGGAGUAUGGAAAGGUCUUGGAGAAGAGUAUUGGGAACUCCUACAGUGACGCCUUUUUGGGUCCUGUCUGCGACUACGUGAUAGCUCCAGUAGCCAGAUAUGCCGGUGUAUGGGGCAUACCAGUACUGACAACCGGAGCCCAAGCGGAUCCAUUUCGUCACAAAGUCGAGCAUUAUCAGACACUCACGAGAAUGAUGGGAUCGCAUCGUCAAGUUGGUGAAGUACUCCGGCAGAUACUCCAGGGCUUCGGCUGGACCACAGCAGCCCUGAUUUAUCACAAUCACGCUAUGGAGAGCAGCAAGGGAAAUUCUGGAUGUCACUUUGCUCUUGGUGGUGUAUUCACAGCACUCAAUAAGAGCUCGGUACAUAAGAGUUUCAAUGAAGAGACCAACAGUGCCAAAGACUACAGGGAUCUUCUUACUUAUGUUUCCAAGUCUGCUAGGAUCGUUGUCAUGUGCGCCAAUUCUACAACGAUACGAGAGAUACUCCUGGCAGCUGAGGAGCUGGGCAUGGUGGACUCAGGGGAGUACGUCUUCUUUUCGAUUGAAUUGUCAUCGAGUGAUAAUAACUCAAAGGAAAGAUGGAGAAUGGAGGGGGAUACUGAUGAACGGAAUGAGAAAGCGCGAAAGGCAUAUCAGUCUUUAUUAACGGUAACCGCUCGGACACCAGAUAAUGAAGAGUAUUUGAAUUUUUCAAGAGAAGUGAAAGCACUGGCGCAAAGCAAAUACAAUUUCACGUUUGGCAGUAGUUUGUUAUCAACAUUUGUCGCGGCCUUUUACGACGCUGUGUUCCUUUAUGCUCUGGCACUCAAAGAGAGUUUACCCGAAAAACCUGGUGAGGUGAACCUCGAUGGUGGAAAUCUGACGAGAAGAAUGUGGGGGAAAAGUUUUAGGGGCAUAACUGGGGAUGUAACGAUCGACGAGAAUGGUGAUAGACUUGCUGACUACUCACUUCUAGACAUGAAUCCUGAGACCUCAAAAUUCGAGAUCGUUGCAAAUUAUUAUGGUGCUAAUAAAACACUGGAGUAUGUACCUGGCAAACGGAUACACUGGUCUGGGGGUAGAUUGGAGCCACCCCCCGACACACCUCAAUGCGGAUACGACGGAUCGUUGUGCCCGGACAAUACAUUGCCAGGAUACGCUAUUCUAUCCAUUGUUCUCAGCUCGAUUGUCGUUGGACUUGUUGUCGUAUCUGUCAUCAUUUACAGGCAUUACAAGUUGGAAGCAGAAAUCGCUUCUAUGACGUGGAAAGUGCAUUGGGAGGAUGUGAUUGUCAUGGCACCGAGAAAAACAAGAGGAUCCAUGUAUUCACUCACUGGGAACAAGCAACGUGGAAGUCAGCUGACUAUUUACUCUGAUGACAAUAUUAGUCUCGCUGGAGGUGUUGACAGAAAUGUCUACAUCCCAACGGCUAUUUACAAGAAUUCUAAAGUCGCCAUUAAACCAAUUCCUAGAAACAAGGUGGAAAUAUCGAGGCCAUUGUUGCUGGAGCUGAAAAGGAUGAAGGACCUUCAGCACGAUCAUUUGGUGAGGUUUUACGGUGCUUGCGUUGAACCACCACAUUGUUGUCUUUUAACCGAGUACUGCCCCAAGGGUUCACUCCAGGACAUUCUGGAGAAUGAUCAAAUUAAGUUGGACCGAGUCUUUCGAGGUUCUUUGAUCCACGACAUAGUUAGAGGCAUGGCAUACCUUCAUGCCUCUGAACUAAAGAGCCAUGGCUCUUUAAAAUCCUCAAACUGCGUCGUCGAUUCAAGGUUCGUUCUCAAAAUCACAGAUUUUGGUCUUCACACACUGCGAAAGCCGUAUCCCAACGAUCCAGACGAUGACAAGGAUAGCUACGCCCACUGGAGAAAACAACUCUGGACAGCGCCCGAGUUGUUGAGAAUGGAGAGGCCACCGCCUGAGGGUACUCAGAAAGGAGACGUCUACAGUUUUGCCAUAAUCGUCCACGAGAUCGUGGUGCGCCAAGGGCCGUUCUACUUGGGUGAAGACAGAAACUACUCUCCAAGGGAAAUAGUUGAGGGUGUGAGAAGGGGCGGAGGCUCCCCCUUGAGGCCGCUGAUCGAUGAGGCCGCCGUCGAGGAGGAAGUGGCGACACUCAUGAGACGUUGUUGGGCGCAGGACUCGGCGGAUCGACCAGACUUUCCAGCGUUGAAGCAAACCAUACGGAAAAUCAACAAGGACUACGAGAGCAGCAAUAUUCUGGACAAUCUUCUCUCACGUAUGGAACAAUAUGCCAACAACUUAGAGACACUGGUGGCUGAGCGCACAGCGGAUUAUCUAGAGGAGAAACGUAAAUGCGAGGAGUUGCUGUAUCAACUGUUGCCAAAAUCCGUAGCAUCACAAUUAAUCCUGGGUCAAAGUGUCAUUGCCGAAACGUACGAUCACGUGACAAUUUACUUCAGUGAUAUCGUUGGAUUCACCAGCCUAUCAGCUGAAAGUACACCACUGCAGGUUGUCGACCUUCUCAACGAUCUUUAUACGUGCUUCGACUCGAUCAUCGAAAAUUUCGAUGUCUACAAGGUGGAGACGAUAGGCGAUGCGUACAUGGUCGUCUCAGGACUGCCUGUGAGAAAUGGAAUGAAUCAUGCGAGGGAAAUUGCGAGAAUGAGUCUGGCACUACGUGAUACAGUUAUGACAUUCAGUAUACGGCACAGACCUAAUGAGCAGCUCAAACUUCGCAUUGGAAUGCAUACUGGACCAUGUGUGGCUGGGGUCGUGGGUCUCAAGAUGCCGAGGUAUUGCCUCUUCGGUGACACUGUGAAUACAGCAUCUCGAAUGGAGAGCAAUGGAGAACCAUUGAAGAUUCAUGUCAGUCCCGCAACCAAGGAAGUUCUCGAUACUUUUGGAACGUUUGAGCUUCACUGCCGAGGGGAAGUCACGUUGAAGGGAAAGGGCAAGAUGACGACCUACUGGUUAGUAGGUGAGAAGCCCAUAAAUAAUAACGUCCAACAGAGCACAGUAAGCACAAUGACAGAUCCAUCAGCUGUUGUUAGUCAGCAAUCCCAGGGUCAGUUGCAGAAUCCCCAGGACACAUCAAACCAGAAUUGCACCCGUAACAUGCUGAAUCUGACCGGAAAUGGAGCACCAGGUAAUCACACACUGACAUUAUCGCCAUCCCAUCAGCGUAAUACAAAUAAUUCAGCGGUACAUCAGAGCCUUCCAAGUGAAAAUGUGCCCAAUCAUGCGGAAAGUGAACCUAAUGCACCACUACUCCUGCCAGCAGGAUCGAUUCCAUGAACUUGACUCACUGUAUAAUGCUUCAAUCACUUCAACGGUAGACCUGAACUAUCACAUUGAGUUGAUAUUAUGCAACUCACAAUGUUUAUUAAAGUUUCGUUAAGGGGAAUAAUAUUUUGUUGAGAGAAUCACUAGGUUCUUGUGCUCAGAGAAAUUAAGGACAUCAAGUUUAUUUUUUUGUUGAUUCUACUGUUCUUGACUUGUGAGAAUUAAACCAAAGGAGAUUAUACUAUUUAUAGUAGAAUUUUAGUUAUUCCUUGAACGUGCAAUGAAUGAUAGAUUUAAAUAAAAUAAAAGCACAUGUAAAAGAAAUUAGAGUAACUGAUUACAAAAGGUGCUGGACCAUUGAAAAUAAUCGUUAACCCAAAUAAAUGAAUCCAUUAAACUCGAAGGGAUUGAUACCAAGCCUCGAUAAUUCUCAGCAGUAAAAAAUUAUCAUUUACUUUAAAGAUUAACGAAUGAAUCCAAAGUAAUAAUUUAAGUGACAUAAAUCAUGUGAUCUCUUUACAAGGUAAACGAAGAACCAAGAUUUCAUUAAAGAGCAUUGCAAUUAAAAUAAUAACCCAGAGUAUGAGAUAUAAAGGGGAAUAUAAAUGUUGCAAAGGUGCUAAUGUUGAUGAUAAAGAAUAUAUUGAGAAUGGAAUUUUUGCCGGGAGCGGCUUGGGGCUUAAGAUUUAUUUGAUUGUGCGCAGUACAUGUGAGAGGGAGCAUUAUGCUGCGUUCAAGUACACAUCGAAAAUCUGAUCGAAUUAAUAGGGAUUAAAAACAUCACCCAAACAUCGAUUUUACGAUUGUGGAACAAUGAUAAAAUUACAAAAUACUUUGUUAGGUUUUAAGGUAGUGUUUAAGACGUUUCACAGGCUCUAAAGGGAUUUUGUGGAUUUACGUUGACUGGCACAUUCUCUUGGACGAAUCCUGGAUGAAGUAUUCCGAGGGAUCAACAGGAUUUUUUUUUAUAUUUCCGGGGUGGGAAGGAGUCUAUUGAAAAAAUUAUCUCAAGAACAUUUUUUUGAUCGCUAAAUUCCACGUUUACUUCGGUUUCGUCUAGAUUUAAAUCGUUCUUAGUUAAGUGUAAUACAAGUAAAUCAACAAAGAUAUGAAUAUAUAUGUAUAUAACAUAAACGUUAACGUAAACGGAGGUAGAAAAAUUUAAAGGAUAUUACAUUUAAUGAUAAAUAAUAUUGAUCGACGUAUAUUAUAUAGAAUUGUUAGAUAUCGAGGCUGGGCCUCCAAUGACUGUGCGAAUGGGUGUUUGUGAUAAUUUACGCGUGAUUAAUUUUAUUCUUCAACUAUGAAAGAUGACAACUGAGAGUAUUCUGAAUGUUGUGAACGAGAAAAAUGGAAUGAUUCAGUAAUCCACAAAAUAAUGAGAAAGAACAAACAAAAAUCUGCAUUAACUUUUAAAGAAUGAAAUUCUAUUUAUCUCACAACAGAGGUUAAAAAUGAAAAAAAAACUUCUUUUAAUGUACCAAUCAAUAUAUUAUAAUAAAGUUUGAUUGUUUUCGGA